AGUUGUCAUUCAGACCUGCUGCAGUCGUCAACAAAAACACCGGAUGACUUGGCUGCGGAUUCAAAGUGACUGACAAAUUGGAUUAAAUUUUAACUGUUUUCUUAUUUUAGAUAUCGCUCAGUUACUUAGAAUUUAAUUAAUAUGACGAAGAACGUAUUGGUAACGGGAGGAACCGGACUUGUGGGAAAAGCAAUUGAAACGGUAAUCAAGGACGAGAAGCCUACCGACGAGAAGUGGGUAUUUGUUGGUUCGAAGGAUGCAGAUCUCACAGAUAUACAGUCGACGCGGGCAAUGUUCGAGAAACACCAACCAACGCAUGUGAUCCACCUGGCAGCAAUGGUGGGUGGCCUGUUCCACAACAUGAACAACAACUUGGAUUUUUUACGCAAAAACAUCCAAAUCAACGACAACGUGUUGCUGUUAAGCCACGAGUUCAAAGUGCACAAGGUGGUUUCCUGCUUGUCAACGUGUAUCUUUCCGGACAAGACCAGUUAUCCCAUUGAUGAGACUAUGAUCCACAACGGUCCACCGCAUGAUUCCAACUUUGGAUACAGCUACGCCAAGCGGUUGAUCGACAUCACCAAUCGGGCUUACAAUCAACAACAUGGCGACAUGUUCACCUCAGUUGUUCCGUGCAACGUGUUCGGUCCGUACGAUAACUAUACUCCCGGAGUAAGCCACGUCAUUCCCGGAAUGAUCCAUCGAUUGCAUGAGAUCAUGUAUCUGAAAGAUCCGGAGAAACCUCAAGAGGAGAAAGUGUUCACGGUGUUCGGAACAGGCAAACCUCUGCGACAGUUCAUCUAUUCCAUCGACUUGGCGAAACUUUUCAUCUGGGUUCUAAGAAGUUACGAGAGCGUUGACCCCAUUGUGCUUUCGGUGGACGAGGAAGCCGAAGUAUCGAUUGCUCAGCUGGCUGAGUCAUUGGUGAAAGCUUUCGAUUUUAAGGGCAAGAUCGAAUUCGAUACCAGUAAAGCGGACGGACAGUACAAGAAAACGGCGUCGAAUGCCAAGCUACGGAAGCUACUGCCAGAUUUUAAAUUUACUGACUUUGAUAGGGCUAUCAAGGAAUCGGUUCAAUGGUACGUUGAAAAUUAUGAUCAUGCUCGAAAAUGAUAAAGUAGUUAUGUUUUUU